AGGAGAGGCCGCUCUCUCCCUGAGGCCACCCCAGCUGUGCAGGAGGAGCUAUCCAUCCAUUUGCAUGUAUAUGCUGGGGUAGGGGGAUCAAAUCUGCCUAUCUACCACACAAGGAGGAGGAAUGGGAGGGAGAUGAGAACAGAACCUUUCUAAGAGAGUCUAGGUCAACAGCAACUGGGAAGAGAGAGGCGAUCUUUCAUUCCCAGCUGGCUCAGGUGGGAGAGGCGAGGGGGAAAGAGCAGCCAGGUUCAUGCUUGAGCUCUGAAUCACUGGACUGUAUAAAGCCAAGUGUGUGAACCAUCUGCUUCACUUCAGUACCUUGGUGGGAGCUCCUUCAAAGAAUAGUCAUGGCCUUCCUCCUGGCCUGUGUAUUUCUGCUUGUAAGGGGAGCGCCGGCCAGGCCCGCAAUGCAGACGGAUUCUGCAACCCAGGGAAACCUUUUCCAGGUGGUUAUGGUGACCCCUCAAAGGGAAAACGGCAACCUGUCCUGUGAGGAGCUGAGCGCUCACCAGUCAACCGUCUUGCACCUGGACAACAGAAAUCUUGCGUCUUUCCCAUCGUGCUUGCCUGGGAUCCUGGAACAUCUGGAUCUGAGCAAAAACCUCUUGCCUGAAUUCAGCGGUCAGGAUGCAGCUCACCUGCCUGGGUUGCAGGUCCUUUCCUUGAGACAGAACAAGAUCCAGCAAGUGUCAUGGGGUGCUGCUGGAAGCCUGACCAGGUUGCAGACCCUGGAUCUGAGCUUCAACCUACUGUCAUCUGUGCCGGCCUGCAACGCCUCCACUUUGGGGAACCUCAGACAGCUGUCUCUAGCUGGGAAUCCGAUCACAGAAAUCCAGACCUUUGCUUUCUCCUGCUAUCCUCAGCUGCAGUUCCUCGAUCUCUCUUCCACUCUGCUGGGUCAAGACGGCAACGACGGGAUUCAGGAGUCUGCCUUUGCAGUGAACUUUCUGCACGGGGACGCCUCUGAGACUGUGGGGAGUGCUCUCAUUACUCUUCACCUCAGCGCCACCUUCCUGGAGAGAAUUAAUCCAGAGUGGCUCAAAGAUCUGCCCAGGCUGACAACCCUCCAUCUGUCAAGAAUGAGCCGCCUGAAAAGCCUUGACGCGGCGGUCUUCGUGCAGACCCCCCGGCUGCAAAAACUGUACUGCCACGAUUCCCACGUCCUUAGCCAGGUGGAAACAGAGUCCUUCAGCCAGAUCUCUGAGCUGGCUUUUCUCACGUUCCAAAACUGUAAUUUGAGUUCCUUAAAGCCAUGGGAUCUUAGCUCCUUGGACAAUCUGGUCAUCGACCUCUAUGGAAACCCUUUGGAGUGCCGUUGUGAGUUGUCCUGGCUGUUCUCUGAGCCCCAAAAAAUAGUUCUGCAAAGGGCAUCAGAAACCAUUUGUUACGCACACCCAGAAGACAACGUAACACUUGGAUCCAUACCGCUGUCAAGACUCUAUGAUGAGUGCCAAUCCAACAGAACUACUGAUCCAACCCCGCAGCUGAAGACAGGCAACCUUUACAGCACAUAUUCCAGCUUCACCACAAAAACAUCACCAGAUUCUGCUUCAUUUCCCCAGGAAUGGCACCACAGUUCCAUUGACCCGCACAGCGUUUCUAGGGGCGACCUAACAGUGCAAGAAUCUACACAGGCAGACAUGCUUGCUUAUAAAGAAGAAACAGCAAACGGGUCUACAGAGAGCCCAUCUACAAUGGUCGCUCUGACUACUACCUCCACAAUGCUGGCAAAGACUUCUGUUGAGCAGACCCUGGGGGACACAACUGAUCUAAGAAGUCACGAUCCCACAAAAGCAGAUUCACUUGUCCAUCCAGUAGGAACAUUGUACAAUUCUACUCUGAGCCCUCCUACAGCUGCACCAACUGAAACAGGUUCUUCGCCCACCCCAAGUGCCUUAUUUAUCCCACUGAAAAGUUCCACUCCAACCGAAUUACCAAUGCAAAACUCGACCAAAUUACCCACUCUUUCAAAUCCUGCUUCCACUGAUGUUCCACUACAUUACGUAGAUCACAAUGACUAUGAAGAUCACCAAGAGGAAUCUGAAGCCCAGACGAUUGGCCCGUGUGCCUAUGAUCCCUGCAGACAUCUGCAAACACCUUGCUCUGAGCUCCAGCAACUAUCUUUUUGCUUGUGUCCAGGGAUAUCGGACGAUUUCACCAUCCCAGAACCACCAAGGCUCCGCGAGGUGUCCAAAAUAAGGGACACGUCAGCAGAGAUCCACUGGUGUGCCCCAAACUCGUAUGUAAGAUUCUAUCAGCUCAUCUACCGCCUCAAAGGCAGCUUGAAUAAAAAAAUUGUCUCUGAAGAUAUUUUCCACACUACCAGACAAUACACCCUGAACAGCCUCCGACCCGGUUCCAGCUACCAGGCAUGCGUAAUUGCUUUCAACAAAGCCGGGUCAAGCCAGUCCACAGGCUGGUCACAACGCAAUGUGUCGUGUGUUGCCUUUACCACCAGAUCCAACGUCAAAUCCAGUUUUGCUGUCUUGAGUGUCGUGAGCGGACUCCUUCUUAUUGGUAUCCUUUGCACGUCCGGGUGCUUCUGCAAGAGACUUAAAACGCCCCACCCUGAACAGUUAAACACACAUCUUGUUUCCUAUAAAAACCCUGCUUUUGAGGAUUCCUCGAAAUAGGAAAGGUAAGAUGUGUUAGGAAGAUGCUCAGCCUUGUAUUGCCGAAGGCUUUCACGGCCAGACUCAACUGGUUGUUGUGAGCUUUCCGGGCUGUAUGGCCGGGUUCUGGUAGAUCUUGCUCCUAACGUUUCGCCUGCAUCUGUGGCUGGCAGAUACAC